AAGCCUAACUCUGUUCGUGAUGUACUUGUAUGCCCAACCAGUGCUCUUAGCCUGCCCGCCGAUCCAGCUGAAGACAGUGUUGGCGGCGUGCACACUGGAAGGCAGGCCCAUCGACUGCGCGCUACAUCCGGUGCCUGUCGGGACGCUCGCCACGUUCCGUUGCAAGCCCGGCCUCAAGAUCAAGUUCGGCUACCUGCCGGCUUCGAGCUUCGUGUCGCGCUGCGGCUUGGACGGGGUGUGGAGCGACGGUCCCUUCCGCUGCGAGCGGGAGAGGACCACGGCGCCACCAACCACGCAGCUGCAUUGUGGGGGGAUGAAGUAUUUGAAACCGACGAAAGUGCUUUUAGAGAAGAUACGCCUCGGAAAACUCUAA